CGGCAUGUGUGCUUCUUGAACAUAUCCGCACGACCGUCGACACCAUACAAAUGAGAUUGCAGUAAUAUAGUAACAUUCCUGUCGACCCGCCCAUCGUGUCAUUCGGGGUGUCACAGAUCCCUUCCCGGAUUCACGGCUUUGUGCGCUUCUAAGACAGCAUUCUAACAUUGCCGUCAUCUACCCUCAGCACCGCGUCCUGCUCGCUGCACUGAUCCGUUGACAUAAGAACGCACCAUCACCGCCUCAAAUCUUGUAUUCUUGCACCAUCGCGACUUCGCCCUUCUUGCAUUUUGGUGUAGCAUUUUGAACAGCAUUGCACAACAUGGCGCCCCAGUAUCAGGACUUCGACGUGCAAGAGGUUCUUGGGAAGCUCUCGUACAAGGAGAAGGUUGCAUUGAUCUCCGGGGUUGACUUUUGGCAUCUGGCUGGAGUCAAACGACUAGGAAUCCCAGCCAUCCGAACUUCAGAUGGCCCCAACGGCGUUCGAGGGACCAAAUUUUUCGAUGGUGUUGCUGCGGCCUGUCUGCCGUGUGGAACUGCACUGGGUGCGACUUGGGACGUUGACCUCAUCCAGCAGGGCGGCGCAUUGAUGGGUCGUGAGGCCAUCGCCAAAGGUGCCUCGGUCCUCCUCGGGCCUACGGUGAACAUGCAGCGGUCACCACUAGGUGGUCGAGGCUUUGAAUCAUUCUCCGAGGAUCCAGUACUGUCUGGCAACCUUGCGGCCGCAUCAGUCAAUGGUAUUCAGUCGACUGGUGUUUCUGCAACGCUGAAGCAUUUCGUAUGUAACGACCUCGAGGAUAAGCGCAUGUCAAGCAAUAGUGUCGUUUCCGAGCGUGCAUUGCGAGAACUUUACCUGAUGCCUUUCCAAAUCGCUCAGCGAGAUGCGAAGCCAUGGGCUUACAUGACUGCUUACAACCUCGUCAACGGCGUACACUGCAGCGAGGACCCUAAACUCUUGCAGAGCAUCCUGCGAGAUGAGUGGGGCUUCGAUGGCUUGAUCAUGUCUGAUUGGUUCGGUACCUACUCAACAUCAGAGUCGAUCAAGGCAGGUCUGGAUCUCGAAAUGCCUGGCCCCUCAACAGUGAGAUCUAAACAAAUCGACUUCGCACUGCGAUGUGGGAAACUCCUUCCCCAUCAUAUCGACGCCCGGGUCACCGAAGUUCUGAAAUUGAUCAAAAAGGUCCUUCCGCUGCAAAUACAGGAACGCGCGCCCGAGAUGACCAUCAACUCGCCCGAGACCGCUACCCUUCUCAGGAAAUUGGCGACGGACAGCAUUGUGCUCCUCAAAAACGACCACCACAUUUUGCCCUUCAAGAAGAACAAGACUGUUGCUGUGAUCGGGCCAAAUGCUGCGUUUGCGGCUUACUGCGGUGGCGGGUCUGCAUCCCUUCCGCCCUACUACGCUAUCUCGCCUCGUGAUGGCAUCAACGCGCAAGCUAUCAAUGUUCAAUACACGUUGGGUGCUCCCGGCUGGAGCAAGCUUCCUAUGCUCUCGUACGCUGCGAAGACAAGUACGGGCGAGCAGGGUCUUACCAUGAAGAUGUACAAGGAGCCGCCGACCGAGAAGAACCGCACAUUGAUCGAUGAUCUGAUCCUUCGAGACUCGAAUGUCUUCAUGUUUGAUUAUCAUAACCCGAAGGCUCGGAACCAUCUUUUCUACGCCGAUAUUGACUGUGUCUUCACUGCCGAUCAGUCCACCGAAUACGAAUUCAGCUGUUCUGUGGCGGGCACUGCUAAGCUGUGGGUCGACGGACACCUGGUCGUUGACAACAUGACCACGCAAAAGCCUGGCGGGUCUUUCUUUGGUGUCGGAACCCGCGAGGAAAUCGGAAGCAUUGCUCUUGAAGCGGGUCGACAGUACAACGUCCACGUUGAGUUUGGUUCGCUGCCUACCUUGACGUACCAGAGGGGUGGAGUGACAGCAUUUGGAGGAGGAGGUAUCCGCCUGGGAUGCUUCCGAAAGAUCGACGUUGAAGUUGAGCAAAGGCGAGCUAUCGCGUUGGCCAAAGAAGUCGAUCAGGUCAUCAUCUGCGCUGGCUUGAACUCCGACUUCGAAAGCGAAGGAUUUGAUCGUAGCCACAUGGAUCUACCUUCACACAACGAUGAGCUCAUCUCUGCCGUCAUCAACGCGAACCCAAACACUGUCGUGGUCGUUCAAUCAGGAACUCCCGUCACCAUGCCUUGGGCAAACAAAGCCUUGGCAAUUCUUCAAGCCUGGUACGGCGGCAAUGAGACAGGCAACGCCAUCGCGGACAUCAUCUUCGGCGACGUCAACCCCUCAGCAAAGCUCAGCUUAAGCUUUCCUCUCCGCAACGAGGACAACCCAGCAUUCCUCAACUACACAAGCGACGACAACCGCGUCGUCUAUGGUGAGGACGUCUACAUUGGCUACCGCUACUACGAGCGCAUCAACCGCCCCGUCCUGUUCCCCUUCGGCCACGGUCUGAGCUACACCACCUUCGAGCUGCAAUUUCUGAACGUCACCGCCCACCCCGACCGCGACGAAAUCACCAUCACCAUCGACGUCACCAACACCGGCCUGCGUCCCGGUCGCGAGGUCGUCCAGGUCUACAUCGCGCCCCAGAACCCCAGCGUCCACCGCCCCAAGAAAGAGCUCAAAGGCUUCGCCAAGAUCUCCGUCGAGCCCGAAAAGACCGAAACCGCGCACGUCAAGCUUUCUAAGCGAUUCGCAACUAGCUUCUACCAUGAAGGCCGCGAUGCUUGGGUUUCGGAGAAGGGCAAGUAUCACGUCCUGGUCGGCUCGUCGAGUGCGGCGACACCGCUGCAGGGCGAGUUUUCGGUCGCGAAGACGGAGGUGUGGAAGGGCAUGGGUGAAGUUCAACGUAAUGGAAUGGCCAAAUUGUGAGAGGAUAAAAUCUGCUGCGGGGUGCAUAUAUCAAGAGAAAGAAUGGUGAUGGGGAAAUUGUUGCAUUUUCUGUAGGCUAGAAUGGUGCAUUGUGUUCGGAAUUCGAACAGAUUAUGAGCAAACUCUCGUGCGUUGCG